AUAGUGCCAUCUGUGGUUGUGCAGCAGCGUGACCGUUUGUGGUAUUUUAAAUACCUUAUGGUAUUUUUUAAUGACAAAAUUGAGUAUUUUUUUUGUGUGCAUCAUUUUGAAAACUGAACGGACGACGCGGCGACCGACGCUGUGGCUUGCUGUGGAAUUUCAUUGAAUUUUAAGUUCCUCCAAGGCUUUAUUUUGCUGUACAAAAGUUGAACCGAGUGAAAAGUGUAGUUUUUCGAUUGCUGGGUGGAAAAGUUUCACGUAAACACACACACGCACACACCAUCUUUCGGGUGGCAUCAUUUUACGCGCUAAAAAGUGAAUUUAGAGAGAAUUUCUGCAGCACAAUGGACACAUCGAAUGGGACCAGCAUGCGCCAGCAGCAGGCACGCAAAUCGAAUCAGAACAUUCAGGUCUAUGUGCGCGUUAGGCCACUGAAUGCACGCGAACGUUGCAUACGCUCCGCAGAGGUUGUGGAUGUGCUCAAUCCACGCGAGAUCCUCACACGGCACACCCUGGACUCGAAGCUGACGAAGAAGUUUACGUUCGAUCGGAGUUUCGGCCCCGAUUCCAAGCAAUGCGAUGUCUAUGCGGUGGUGGUGUCUCCUCUGAUCGAGGAGGUGCUCUGCGGCUACAACUGCACGGUGUUCGCGUACGGGCAGACGGGCACUGGCAAGACGCACACGAUGGUGGGGAAUGAGACCGCCGAACUGAAGUCCUCAUGGGAAGAUGACUCUGAUGUGGGCAUCAUACCGCGUGCCCUCAGUCACCUUUUCGACGAGCUGCGCAUGAUGGAAGUGGAGUUUACGAUGCGCAUCUCCUACCUGGAGCUGUACAACGAGGAGCUGUGCGACCUCCUCUCCACCGAUGACACCACAAAGAUACGCAUCUUCGAUGACACCACCAAGAAGGGUUCGGUGAUCAUCCAGGGCCUGGAGGAGAUCACCGUGCAGAGCAAGGACGAUGUCUACAAGCUGCUGGAGAAGGGCAAGGAGCGACGCAAGACCGCGACCACCCUGAUGAAUGCCCAGUCCUCGCGCAGCCACACCGUCUUCUCCAUCGUGGUGCACAUUCGGGAGAACGGCAUCGAUGGUGAGGAUAUGCUGAAGAUCGGAAAACUCAAUUUGGUGGAUCUGGCAGGCAGCGAGAACGUCUCCAAGGCGGGUAAUGAGAAGGGAAUACGUGUCCGCGAGACGGUGAACAUAAACCAGAGCCUCCUGACGCUGGGGCGUGUGAUCACAGCUCUGGUGGAUCGAGCCCCACACGUGCCGUACCGCGAAUCGAAACUGACCCGCCUGCUGCAGGAGUCGCUGGGCGGCAGGACAAAGACCUCGAUCAUUGCCACCAUCUCGCCAGGGCACAAGGACAUUGACGAGACGCUCAGCACGCUGGAGUAUGCGCAUCGUGCGAAGAAUAUCCAGAAUAAGCCAGAAGUCAACCAGAAGCUUACCAAGAAGACCGUCCUCAAGGAGUACACCGAGGAGAUUGACAAACUAAAGCGAGAUCUCCUCGCGGCAAGGGACAAGAACGGCAUCUAUCUGGCGGAGGAGACCUACGGGGAGAUGACCAUGAAAAUGGAGUCCCAGAAUCGAGAGCUCAAUGAGAAAAUGUUGCUGCUGAAGGCCCUGAAGGAUGAGCUGCAGUCGAAGGAGAAGAUCUUCAACGAGGUGAGCAUGAGUCUCGUGGAGAAGACCCAGGAGCUGAAGAAAACGGAGCAGCAUUUAACCGACACCAAGGGGAGUCUGCUGCUGACAAAGAAGGUCCUCACAAAGACCAAGCGUCGCUACAAGGAGAAGAAGCAGCUGGUGGCCUCGCACAUGAAAACAGAGGAGGCCCUCACCACGCAGGCACACAAGAUCCUGGCCGUUGCAGAUCUGGCCACCAAUGAAACGGAGCAGCUGCAUGGUACCAUCGAACGGCGACGGGAUACGGACGAAAAGAUACGCAGUGCCUGCGAUCAGUUCAAGGAUCGAAUGCAGGACAAUUUGGAGGUGAUUGGCGGUAGCCUGAAUCUCUAUUUGGAGCAGCAGGCGGCCUCCAAGCAGCACUUGAGCGAGGAAUUGGAAAACUCAAAUGGCGUGGUCCAACGCUUGACUUCGAAUGCAAGCAAAAGCAUUGACAUGCUCAAGGGGAUAUGCAGCCAAUCGUUGAAGGAUCAGGAGCAGCUCCAGGCGAAACUAGUGGCUGGUUUAUCGGAGAGCUGCGAUCGACAUACGAAGGAGUUGGUCGAGGGACUGCUGACUCAACUGCAGCAGCGGGAGAAGCAGAUGAGUGAGGAUAUCCAGCUGCAGGUGCUGGCGCUGGAGGAGAACAACCACAGCCACAGGGCCAUGCUGGAGUCCAUGCAGGAGCGCUUCUCCUCUAUCAUCGCGAACAAUGCCGAGUCGCUGGAGAAGCAUGUGACAGAGGUGCAGCAGCAGCUGGAGCUGCUCAGUGAACUGUCUCUGCCCGAUGCGCAGCAACUGCAGCAGCUGCAGGCGGAGGUGGCCAACGAGCGGGCACUGGCCCACCAGGAGGAGGCCCUAAUCGAUUCGCUGAUGAUGCAAAUGGAGCAGAUCAAGCAGCUAAGGGCGAAGAACAGCCAGAGCAUGUCCGAACGCCUCGUCCAAAUGGAGGAAAAUCGUCUGCAAAAGAUCAAAAAAGUGGAAAAGACCAAGGCCAGUGUGCAGGCCUACCAGAUAGAGGGAUCCGCCGCCUCGCAGGCGGCCCAGGCAGAGCUCUCCUCCCAAAUGGACAGCGGCAUGCAGUGCGUGGACCAGGGCGUGGCCAAGUGCUCGAUGCUGCAGGCUCACCUGACGAAUCUCUGCCAGGAGUUCGUUAAACACACAAAUCUGAAUGUCGCAGUGUGUCGCAAUCACCUUGCGGACGUGAAGUGUCUGUGCCUGGAGAAUAGCAAGCAGCGGGAGACUUUCCAAGAGAAACAGCAAAAGGAACUGCAAAUGCUUUGUGAGGAGCGGCAGCAGCUGGGAACAGAGGAGCGCCAGCGAUUCAUUGGACACUCGGCCGUUGCCAGUGACCUUGUGGAGGUGCUCAAGCAACAAACGAAAGAACAUGAGGCCCUGCAGCGCCAACAGCUACAGAACUGCGAGCAGGAUGUCAUUCGCUUCCAACAGAACGAACUGAAGACCUAUGCCCCAACGGGUACAACGCCCUCGAAAAGGGAUUUCGUGUAUCCACGCGCGCUGGUGGCCACGUCGCCCCAUCAGGAGAUAGUAAGGCGUUACCGUCAGGAGCAGGAUUGGUCGGAUCUGGAUACCACAGCCACCAUAGAUGAGUGCAGCGAGGGUGAGCAGGAGGACUCAUUGAACUGCGUUCAGGAGCUCUCCGAAACGGAGACCAUCAUGAACUCCACGCCUAUCGAAGGCUCGUCAUCGGGCAUCAACAUGAAACGCGGCUGCGGCACCACACGCAGCAUGAACUCGAAUGCUUUGAAGCCUCCUCGAAGCAGCUCGCUGUCCCGCUCUCUGACGCCGCGCAAAAAUUCACCGCGUGGAUCUCCAGCCUUUAAGAGAGAAAAAAACAAAGAGAACGUGGCCUGAAUCGAUCGUUGGGGAUCGAUGGCACACAUAUAGCUAUAUCGAUAUCUA